AUGGAAAAUAAGCUGAUUUCUUUCCAUCCAGAGAUCAGAAGAAUCGCCUUGACUGUGUUAUCCAAAGCAAAUAAGCUUGUCUGGACUCGAUUUGAUUUGGUUUGGUUUUGUUCAGAAAGUGGCAGCAAACCCAGUUUAGGGCAGAUUGUUUGGGCUUCUUCGAUUGGAUUGAUCAUUGUUGCAGCAAUGCAUUAUCGGAUUCGGAAGCUACGAGUUCAAAGGAUCAUCCCUCGUUUGAAAGUUUCGGAUACGGGCCGCGUUGAAAAGCUUGAGAGCUUUCCCCAUUAUGUAGCAAGGCAAAUGGGAUUUAAAGAUAUACAUGAGUGCCCACACCUUUGCAAGUUGGCUUCGGAGUACAUAGCUAAAUCAGAAGAAUGUGAAGAUGAUAUCUAUUCAUUUUUCUCAAGUGAGCUCCAUGCAGAUUCACUUUUUGUCAAACUGGUGGAAGAGUUUGAGAGAUGCAUUCUCAGUUAUUUUGCUUUCCAUUGGAACCAAACAGAUAUUAUGAUUAGUCAGAUUUUGAGUUCUGACCACCAGGAGCCAAAAAAGAAGCUUAGAAGCAUUGUUAUGGCUGCAACCAGGGAACAGAGGUUUGAGAGGGUAACAAAGAACCUGAAAGUUGCAAGAGUCUUUACAACUUUGGUUGAGGAGAUGAAAGCAAUGGGACUCGCAUCCACGGACGACUCUCAAUGCACAGAGGUGAUGGUUCCAAUGGCUCAUGCUGAUAGAAGUCCGAUGCUCUUGUUCAUGGGGGGCGGUAUGGGGGCGGGGAAGAGUACUGUGCUUAAGGACAUUCUCAAAGAGCCAUUCUGGGUGGGAGCAGGACCUAAUGCAGUUGUAAUUGAAGCAGAUGCUUUUAAAGAAUCAGAUGUCAUUUAUAGAGCUCUUAACUCGACUGGUCACCAUCAUGACAUGCUCCAAACUGCUGAACUGGUGCACCAAUCAUCCACAGAUGCAGCUUCAUCGCUUCUAGUGACAGCAUUGAAUGAAGGACGAGACGUAAUCAUGGAUGGAACAUUGUCGUGGGUACCAUUCGUAGUUCAAACCAUUACGAUGGCUCGGAAUGUCCAUCGUCGACGUUAUCGAAUGGGAGCUGGCUAUAAGGUUGGCGACGAUGGCACGGUAACUGAAAACUAUUGGGAACGAAUAGAAGAUCAAGAACCAGACCAAGUUGGGGGCAAGAGAAGAAAACCAUACAGGAUUGAACUUGUUGGAGUUGUUUGUGAUGCUUAUUUAGCUGUCAUAAGAGGCAUAAGGAGAGCUCUCAUGUGUAGAAGAGCUGUAAGAGUAAAAUCUCAACUGAAAUCCCACAAAAGAUUUGCAAAUGCGUUCUUGACAUAUUGCCAAUAUGUUGAUAAUGCAAGGCUAUAUUGCACCAAUGCUUUGGAAGGCCCACCAAAGUUCAUUGGAUGGAAAGACAAAGACAAGACAUUAUUGGUUGAUCCGGAGGAAAUAAAGUGUCUAAGAACUGUUGGUAGUUUAAAUGAAGAUGCAAGUUCCAUACAUGAACUUUAUAAAAAACCAAGUCCUGCUUGUGAAUCUGGAUCAGUUUGGAAAGACAUUGUGUUAUCACCUUCGAGGUUAACCAUCCAACAAGAACUGAAAUAUUGCAUCAAGAAAGUUGAGAUUUUGAAAUCAUUAGGCCAAAAUGGAGCAGCUGGAUUUCUACAUCAUUCCUAACUCUUUCCAUAAUGAAGCUAAGUAGAUAUCUUCUUCUUCUUCUUUUCUUUUCUUUUUUCAUAUUUUAAUUCAUCUUGACAACUGAGGGCUAAUAUUUUUGUCCAUGUUGUUGGGAUGGAUUAAUUCAUUAUAGAUGAGGCAAUACAGAACAUGAGGAAAUCCUAGUAAGAUAUUUAGAAUCUCUAUAAAUGUUAGAAUGUGAUGGGAAAAAUCCUUUUCAUAAAUGUUUCAUUAUUGUAUUGUUUAUAUAUUAGCUUGUGAUCCUUGAUCUAAUUUGAUCUCAAA